GAGCCCCCUACCAUUUCCCUUCCCCUGGCUCUGUCACUUGCCACUGCCACUGCCACUGCCUCUACCUCCGUCCCUGCUCCCAUCUAUCUUGGGCUUUUCUCCCUCCUUGUCGUUUCCCUGCUCGAGAUCUCCAUCAUAGAAAACAGCACACCCGACCCCAUUUAUCACAAGCCUCUUCUCUAAUACCGUCCCUGAACAGCUCUGCGCCACCUCACCCUGUCGCAUCCUCCACCCCUGCGACUCUCCAACCCUCCCCUCCCGACAACACAACCGCCGCAACCACAACAGCCGCCACCGCCUCGCGACAUCCUGCUACCUGAUCCGGACAGCUUGCCUCUCCGCCUCCCUGGCAAGCUGUACGCCUGACUCUCUGAUCCCCCCUACCCCAGCAGUCCCGCCACGGCCGCGUGCCCCUGCCAAGACACAUACAUGAGCAUCAUGGCCCACCCACAGCAGCCUGACGCGUUCGCCGCGUAUGGGUCCUACAAUGGCGGAAUGGGAAACAGAUCGCCAAACUCUACAAGGAAUGGCUACUCUACUCUGCCCUCGGGUAUGGGCGCAAACCGCCAGCCCAGCCAGAGGCAGCAGCAGCAGCAGCAGCAACAACAGCAGAUGGAGGCCGCCAGCCAGCAGGGCGCCUCUAUGUACCCCAUGAUGGAUCGGUACGGCAUCCUCGACAGCAUCACACGUGGGCCCCCUCCGACGGUGUCUGGCAUGCCCGGAGAGUAUAUGGCAGGCAACCAGUCCGCGUGGAACUACAACGGCGCCGGCUCCUCGGCCACCGUCAACGGCCCAAUCCCUGAUGUCAGAUCUCGGUCCGUCAACAGGAGACCAGGCAUUCCAGAUGUCAGUUCAGGCCGAUCUCCGCUGUCGCUUCUCCGAUAUCCCGCUGACCCUCACCCCCAACAGUACUGGAUGCAACAGUCUGACCCAACCAGUCAUCCCGGCAUCGGUCUUCAGGCCCCUAACCAGCCCGUCUACAACCCCCAGGGCGUCCCCUACGCCCAGGUCAUGAACGGCAUGGACCAGCUCCGAUCCCAGCCGCACAUGUUCUCCGAGGCCCGCCAGUCCCACCACGACAAGAAGGACGACCUGAUACCCACCGCCAUCGUCAUCAAGAACAUCCCCUUCAACGUCCGCAAGGAGGUCCUGCAGGCCAUCAUGAUGGAGAUGAACCUGCCCCAGCCCUAUGCAUUCAACUACCACUUUGACAAUGGCGUCUUCCGCGGCCUUGCCUUUGCCAACUUCUCGAGCGCCGACGAGACGAGACAGGUCAUUGAUCGCAUGAACCAGCUGGACGUUCAGGGGCGCAAGCUGCGGGUCGAGUACAAGAAGAUGCUGCCGGAGCACGAGCGGGAGCGAAUCGAGCGGGAGAAGCGCCAGAAGCGCGGCCAGCUGGAGGAGCAGCACCGCCCCAUGCCCGCCCUUCAGCACCAGGCCUCGCUGCAGUCCCUGCACAGCCGGGACAACGAGGCCCCUGCCUCCCGUUCCUCACCGAGCCGCGACUACGAUCUCAACGACCCCGCCACCCUGAACAACUACAUCAAGAUGCGAAACUACCGGGAGGAUGCCAACAACAACGACUACCUCGUCUUCGAUGCCUCCAUCGCCCCCGAGGAGCGCCGUGUCAUUCACAUCCUGGCCCACAACAUGGGCCUGCACCACGGCUCCUACGGCACCGGCGAGAGCCGCUGUGCAGUUGUCUGGAAGGAGAACAUGGGGCCGCCGGACCUGGCCGUCAACUCGAGUCACACGCCUGUGCCUGCCGUGGACCAGCUCCAGUACCCGGCCAACAGCAAGAGCCUGGCGCGUGCCGCCACCAUCGACUUUGGCGAGCAACGGACCUCGAGCACCAAUGGCUACGGCGCUGUCGGUCGGCACGGUAACCCGGCGCUCGAGAUCCCCGACAGCAGCCCGGACGGCAUCAACAGCAUCGCCAACCUGCGGACCAUCAGGAGUAUGGCCGAGCUCGGAAGACCCGGGCAAAACCUGCAGGCGAGGACCCCAAGUCCCCGUGAGUCGGGCUACCCGACCUCGUCCCUGCGCCUGAACGAGCAUGGUCUGUCGUCGCGCCCUGACCUCUCGAGUGCGUUCCAGGGGCUGGCUGCCACACCUACCACCCCUGGAGGUAGCCUCAACCACCGCGCGUCCGACCUCAGCCUCUCUGGUGUGACCAACAACCUGAGCUCUCUCAGCGUCGCGGAGGCCCCUUAUGAGUCGAGUCGUCUACGGGAGAACCCUGGUGCUAUUGGCAGCCAGCGGCCCGGCGUGAACGGCCUGAGUGCUCGCAACGCGCCUGAGCGCCAGCCCCGCGGUCCCGAGACCGGCUGGGAAAACGUGGGCUUCAAUGGCCGCCGGGUCAAUGGACACGCGCAGCGCGGCAGCGACUCGUCCGAGAACUUCCACGGCAGCGGCGCAAGCAGCAGCCUCUACUCCCACUAGUGUGGCGAGAUCAACCUCAAGCCUUGGCACACAUCUGGAACGAUCGAUUACCCAACCUCAAUCAAAUCCUACCCAACGAAUGUCAAGGCCACCCUUGCACGGCGCACGUCAUUGCUUUUUGAUCUAUACGUUUUUAUAUGCGAUGAAAUUUCGCGACGCUUCUGGCUUGCAGAUUUACUCCCCUCGAUUUUUCCGUUUUCAUACCAGCCGACCGUGGAAGAUAUCCUCGGCGGCCUAAUGCUACCAGAACGCGGCACACGGUCACGAAUCAACACAUCUUUGACGCCGAGCGGAGGACUUCCACCAGAUAUCGAUACCUCCACGACCUGACGACUGGACGCUUGCCAAAUCAACAAAGAAGUAGAAACGCCCAACAGCGGUUCUCGAUUGUCGAUCAGGGUUUCACAGAAUUUACAACAGAGAGCUUAUAUGGGCGACCAUUUUAUGCCGUACGACUCAGCAUUCACGGGGCAUUGGCUGAAGGGGCUUGACGGGCUCACGUUCCCACACCGGUCAAGUCCCGGAGUCCAGGGCUCUCGCAAAUCGAGGCUACCCACUUCCACCAAGCGCGUCCUCGGCAGAGGGCGCGCUCCUCGACCAUGCCCCGACGACCGUUAUGCCUUUACGACGAUACGUCUAGAUGGCCUCUAGAUCAUCCUGUUCUCAAGAACGGACACAACAAAACACAACAGACCCCUUGGCUUUCGGCCCCUCAGCCACCAUCUAAUUAUGACGAAAUCCGACGUCGCUUGCUUGCAAUGUCUUCAGGCGUGGGCCUUUGUCCCCGCCCCGCCUCCCGGUCAGACGCCGAUGGAGUUCCUCGGCCGUCCCCUCUGCAAUGUUUAUCGGUUUUCCAACCUCAAAAAGUUUGGUGAUGGACCUUUGCUCUCGGGUCCUUGUAUCAUUAUUAUGACCCUUCCCACGACAGAUGAUAUAUGGAUUACAGCCCCCCGCCCCCCUGUUUCAAUAUCCCUCUCUCCCCCGUUUGAUCACGGCACAAUCAACCACGUCUUCUUUUUUGGCCUGCAUCCCUUGUAGUAUUACCAUCACAUUCGUUUAUGGCUUAUAAUGGACAUCAUCUUGGCGGACCUCGAAGCUCUUAUUGGACGGCUUAUACCAGCCUGGAAGACCAUGCUCUUGUGACGACAACUUAGACAUGGUGGGAUUCUCAUUCAGGGUAUGGCGGUUGAAGGUGGGACCGACGUCAAAGUGUUGCUGGUUGGUGCACUGAGUGAGUUUGAUUUCAGGGUCGCCAUGGCAAGGAAAGGAGGGGGAAUUUAUUUGGAGAAGCGCCUCAGCUCGGCUGUCGGGACCGGCGUAGCUUCUUGGUAACGCACACACAGACACGUCUUUUGCAUGGAAACGGAGUGAAAGGGGUUGGUUGGCUGACUUGAAUAAUGCCAAUGUUGGUUGACCUUUGGUAUAUUCCCCUGGGGUGGUUUGGUGGGCGGGUGGAGGAUUUUAAAGUCUUAAUGUUGGAGGGAGGGAGGGAGGCAGGGGGAGGUCACAAAAAAAGGAGAGAAAUCUAUUUUUCCUUUUUUUACUUUCUUCAGCACGCACGCACGCACAGAGAUACCGGAGUCGGGGAAUUACAUAGUUGGUCGACAUAGCGCUUUUGGGCUGGUGGGUUGAGUCGAGUUGAGUUGAGUUAGUCUGUGAGUGAGUUGAGUGAUGAAACUGAGAGAGAAUUCCAACCAACCAGCCCGAUGAGACGAAGUGCUGAAUUAAUGGGGAGGUGAAACCAUUGUGUGUGGUCUAAGUGUCUUGUGUCUUGUGUGUGUGAUUGUAUGUGAGAGUGAUUACUUGUUGAUGUGUAGUUUGAUGUGUGGAUGAAGUGCAAUACAUGUCUGUCUACAUACCUAGGUAUGGUCCGGGUUGCUUGCUUGCCCAGGUACAUUUGUAUGUCCG